GAAACACGUAAAUACAAUUUUCAACUUGGUAUAUCUAGUGAUAUUUCAAAUCUUAAGUAUUCACAAUGUUUGAUCAGUUAGUUGGUUUGGCUAUGCUUGGUGUUGCCGUGGCUGUCUUUGUAUACUAUUCUACUUGGGUGUUAGUGUUACCUUUUGUUGAUGAUUCAAGUUUCUUGCAGAGUUUCUUCUUGCCAAGAGACUAUGCUAUUAAGCUUCCCUUAUUGUUGUUGUUAAUCGGGGGAGUUGCCGUGGGUUCUUUUGUGGGAAGUGUUUUGAUCAAGGAAUCUAACAAGAAGAAGGCCAAGAAGGCCGAAUAACUAGGACCGAUAAUAACGGCCCCAUUAUUACAGGAAUCGGCCCCAUUAGCACCGUCACCAUGAGACACACAGUGUCAAUCGAAUUCAAUGAAGUUUACAAGCAUUUGUAAAUUGUUAAAUAUGUACUAGGAUCUAAUGAUAAAGUCUCCAGUUUUGGUCAAGUAUUUCACUCCUUUGUAGGGCUUAACGGUCUCACUCAAUCCUUUCGCGCUGACUAUCUUUAAGCUGUCUACCUUUAUUCCUGAAGGCAAUGACCCUUUGUUGGUAUAAGACAAUUUAAUGAAUGCUGGCUUUAAGACGGGUUUUGUAAAUGUCUUGUCUUGUGUAGUUCUCUCACUAUCAAACGUCUCGGAGUCUGUUUCCAUGUCACCAGUGAUGAUAGAACCAUACAAUAUCGGAUUCACACC